CCGGCUGUCCCCUCUUAAAACCCUAAACCCCCGGGUCUACGGUGGAGGCGACUGCUGAAGAAGCCAAGAAGAGCUGUGGAAGUUGCGCGCUUUUCUGCUUGCUCCGCAAGAAGAGGAGGAGAGGGGGAGCGGCGAUGGCGAAGCGUCUGAUCCCGUCGCUGAACCGGGUGCUGGUGGAGAAGCUGAUGCAGCCCAAGAAGAGCGCCGGCGGCAUCCUCCUCCCGGAGACAUCCAAGCAGCUUAACUCUGGUAAAGUGGUGGCUGUUGGCCCUGGCGAACGCGACAGGGAGGGCAAGCUGAUCCCUGUUGCUCUGAAGGAAGGUGACACCGUUCUCCUGCCUGAGUACGGUGGACUCGAAGUCAAGCUUUCUGCUGACAAAGAGUACCUCCUCUUCAGAGAGCACGACAUCUUGGGUACACUUGUGGACUGAUUCAGACCAUCAGGAAGCCCAUCGCUUUAGUCGUUCUGAUGAGAGACAUGCUUAGGAUUUGAUACUAUGGAACAAAAUCCUUGAGAAAUAACUCUCUUGUUCUCAUGAUGAUGUCAUAGAAUUUUGUUUUGCAACAUCAUGAACUGGAUAAAUUUGUUGCUUGUUUCCUGUUGAGAUUGCACUUGAGUAAACUUGCGUAUUUGAAGUGGUGCCCUUA